AUGCUUCUAAAACUCUGCUGCCAUUUUCCACCAAAAACUUUUGUGUGGUCAGCCAAUGGUAAUAAUCCAGAGCAAAAAGGAUUCAAAGUUAAGCUCACUGCGGAUGGACAGUUUAGGCUCAAUGAGGCUGCAACAGACAAACAAAUAUGAGUUGCUGAUUCUGCAGGUACUGGAGUUGCCCAUGCAGCCAUGCUUGACACAGGAAAUUUUGUGCUGGCUAACCUUAAGUCAAUCAAUUUGUGGGAGAGUUUUGAUCAGCCAACUGACACAAUCUUGCCUGCACAGACUCUAAAUCAAGAAGCCAUACUCUGAUAUAAGGAAACAAAUUACUCAAGAGGGAGAUUCCAGCUUACCUUGCAACAUGAUGGGAAUUUCGUGCUUUACACGACAAAUUUCCCAUUCGAUGCUCCUAAUUCUGCUUAUUGGUCAACUCAAACAUUUGAUGGUGGCUCUCAGGUCAUCUUCGACCAAUCUGGCUCUAUUUACCUUAGAGCCGGGAAUGGGACAAUAAUUAUGAUGGUAAUGUCCAAUACAAUUUCAAUGCAGGACUUCUACAAGAAAGCAACUCUUGAGUAUGAUGGAGUUUUUAGAUACUAUGUGUACCCUAAAAGUACUCGCUCAACUGUGGGAAGGUGGUCCAUGGCUUGGUCGACUUUGUCCUAUGUGCCUUCAAAUAUCUGCACCUCACUCGUGGAAUAUACGGGCGGCGGUGCAUGUGGAUUCAACAGCUUAUGUAGACAUGAUGAUGAAGGAAAAAGUUGCCAGUGUCCAUAUGGUUACAGCUAUACUGAUCCAAAUGAUGUGUUGAAAGGAUGCAAACAGGACUUUGUCUCACAAAGUUGUGACGAAGCCUCACUAGAAACAGAUUCUUUUUAUUUUCAAGAGAUGCAGAACACAGAUUGGCCUUAUUCUGCGUAUGAUGAGGAUUGGUGCAGGCAGAGUUGCCUGAGUGAUUGUUUCUGCGCCGUUGCCAUUUUCAGGAAAAAUGAGUGCUGGAAGAAGAUGUUUCCACUUUCAAACGGGGUGAUUGACCCCAGUGUUGGUGGAAAAGCUCUGAUCAAAAUGAGGAAAGACAAUUCUACUUUAACACCUGGGGGCACAGAUUCAGAAAAGAAAAAUACUUCAACUUUGAUGCUCAUUGGAGCGCUCUUGAGUAGCUUGGACAGCUUCAUGGAGGAUGUCAAGAUGAAUUUAAUUUCUAAGCAAGAAUGGGUACAUAUAAAUGUAGAUAUGCUUCUUGGUAUCAUGGCUUUUGAACUAGCAUAUGCUUUCUGCUUUCUGCUUAUGCAGCUGCCAUUUUCAACCAUUGCUCAAACUGAUGGCAAGAAUAUAUCAUUGGGCUCAUCCCUUACUGCACUGGACAAUAAGUCUUUCUGGGCCUCACCAUCUGGGGAAUUUGCUUUUGGUUUCCAAGAAAUUGGUAAAUAUGGCUUCUUACUUGCCAUCUGGUUUAACAAAGUACCUGAAAGAACUAUUGUCUGGUCUGCCAAUGGCGAUAAUCUAGUGCAAAAAGGAUCCACAGUUGAACUCACAAGUGCUGGGCAGUUUAGGCUCAAUGAUAUUACAACAGGCAAACAAAUCUGGGUGGCUUCUUCUUAUGGUACUGGAGUUGUCUAUGCAGCCAUGCUUGACACAGGAAACUUCGUGCUGGCCAACCGAAACUCAAUCCAUUUGUGGGCGAGUUUUGAUCAGCCAACUGAUACAAUCCUACCCACACAGACUCUUAGUCAAAACAGCAGACUCUUCGCUCGCUACACGGCAUCAAAUUACUCAAGAGGAAGAUUCCAGCUUACCUUAGAAUCUGAUGGAAAUCUCAGGCUUUACACAACACUAUUCCCAUUGGAUUCAAUUAACUCUCCUUACUGGUCAACCAACAUUAAGGACAGUGGUGUUGAGCUGAUGUUCAACCAGUCUGGCUCCAUUUACCUUACAGCCAGUAACGGAAGCAUACUUACAAUGGUAUCAGACGAAAUAGUUUCAAUGCAAGAUUUCUACCAGAGAGCAACUCUUGACUAUGACGGAGUUUUCAGGCACUAUGUGUACCCUAAAAGCACUGGCUCAAGUGUCGGGUCAUGGAACAUGGCUUGGUCCACCUUGUCCUACAAACCUAAAGAUAUAUGCAUGAGUAUUUUUCAAGAUAAAGGCGUUGGCGCAUGCGGGUUCAACAGCAUAUGUACACAGGACCAAGGACCAAUUUGCCAAUGUCCAUAUGGUUAUACCGAUAUGGAUCCAGCUGAUGUGUGGAAAGGAUGCAAACCGAACUUUGUUCCACAAAGCUGUGGUGAGGCCUCAUCACCAGAAGCACAUCUUUUUUAUUUUGCAGAGAUGCAAAAUGCGAAUUGGCCUGUGACUGAAUACAACUAUUUUCAGCCGGCAACUGAGGAUUGGUGCAGGCAGGCUUGCCUAGCUGACUGUUUCUGUGCCGUUGCCAAUUACAGAGACGGGCAGUGUUGGCUGAAAGGAAGCCCACUUUUCAAUGGGAGGAUUGAACCCGGUAGCGGAAUAAAAGCUCUGAUCAAGGUAAGGAAUGAAAGUUCAACCUUGAUAUCUGGUGACAGAGAUUCGAGAAAGAAAGACAAUUCAACAUUGAUCCUAGUUGGAUCACUUCUCUUGAGUAGCUCGGAGUUUCUUAACAUCCUCUUACUGCUAAUAACCUAUCUGAUUGUUUCUCGCAUGUAUUGUGGAAGAGCAAAGGUUAUUCAACCUUACCUGGUCAUGAACUUGAAAUAUUUCACUUAUGAAGAGCUAGAAGAAGCUACCAAUGGAUUCAAGGAAGAACUAGGACGUGGUGCUUUUGCAACAGUUUUUAAAGGAGUUUUAAGGUCGUCUGAUAAUGGGAAAUAUGUUGCUGUCAAAAGAUUGGACAAUAUGGUUAAAGACAAUGAGUUGGAAUUCAAAGCUGAAAUUAGCUCAAUUGGCAAAACAAAUCACAAAAAUUUGGUCCAACUACUAGGAUUUUGCAAUGAGGGGCAGCACCGAAUUCUUGUAUAUGAGUUUAUGAGCAACGGAUCCUUAGCGGGCUUCCUCUUUGGAGAGUCAAUGCCAAAUUGGUACAAAAGAAGGCAAAUUGCCUUGGGAAUUGCAAGAGGGCUCUUGUAUUUACAUGAAGACUGCAGCAGCCAAAUCAUACAUUGUGACAUUAAGCCUCAAAACAUUCUACUAGAUGACUCUAUCGGUGCAAGAAUAUCCGACUUUGGAUUGGCCAAGCUUUUGAAAAUGGACCAGACUCACACCACUACUAGAAUCAGGGGAACUAAAGGCUAUGUGGCCCCUGAAUGGUUUAAAAACUUGCCCAUCACGCUGAAGGUGGAUGUUUACAGCUAUGGCAUUUUGCUACUGGAGAUUGUUUGCUGCAGGAGGAACUUUGAACAACAGGCAGAGGAUGAAGAUCAAAUGAUACUAGCUGAUUGGGCAUAUGAUUGCUAUGAGCAAAAGAAACUGCAUCUACUAUUCAAGAAUGAUGACGAGGCAAUGGAAGACAUGAAGACGAUGGAGAAGUAUGUGAUGAUUGCAAUAUGGUGCAUUCAGGAGGAUCCAUCACUGAGACCGACAACGAAGAAACUCACACUAAUGCUUGAAGGAACUGUUGAAGUCUCAAUUCCACCAAAUCCGUCCUCAUUUACAAGUUCAAUAAUGUAAGUAGUUGUCUGUAUUUUGGAUCACCAAGGCCCCAAGCCAUAAACUUAGUGAAUCUCAGGUAGUCUUGCAUCUUCUUCUACUCAUUG